AGUUAGUUCGCUUUCAAGUGCUUUGUUGGGCAGUUCGCGCAAAUUUUGACGACGAUAUCGACAGACAACCCGAACAUGUCAGAGCUCAGCGUACGCCCCGUCAACGAGCAUCUGCAGAAAAUUGCCAUUGAGCAGUUGAAUGAGGUGCCCGAAAGCAUUCGUGCUGAUAUUGCGGCGCUACGCACUUGGAUAAAACAACAGCCACAUUUGCGUGCGCGCGAUGAUGAUCAGUUUUUGAUUUCCUUUUUGCGUGGCAGCAAAUACAGCUUGGAAAAGGCUAAAAGUAAAAUUGAUAAAUUCUAUACGCUGCGCACUAAAUAUCCAGAAUUUUUUGCCGCCUCCAAUGCGGAUGAAGCAAUUGUUAGAGAGAUUAUUAACGCUGGCUUACUGUUGCUGCUGCCUACACCAUUGAAUGAGCAUGGUCCACGCAUUAUUCUCAUACGCCAGGGUCAACUGCCAGCUGAGAAAUAUAAGUUUGAUGAAUUUGCACGCGCGAUCAGCCAUAUACAAGAAAUCAUAAUACGCGAUGAUGAUUACGCCAUUAUAUCGGGAAUGGUUUCGAUUAUAGAUGUCGAGCGCGCUACGCCUGCGCAUGUCAUGCAGAUGACACCGAGCAUUAUGAAGAAGAUGUCCGUACAGGCUGAGGAGGCGGUGCCAUUGCGUCCCAAGCAACAGCAUUUCAUACAUACGCCAAGUGGUUUUGAAACAUUUUUCAAUUUACUGAAACCGAUGAUGACCAAAAAACAACAGGAAAGAAUUUCAGUGCACGCCGGAAAGUUGGAUAGAUUUUACGAUCAUAUACCACUGCGUUAUCUACCUGUAGAAUAUGGUGGCGAUAACGGUAGUAUAAAAGAGAUUAUAAGCUACACUAAUAAACAGUUGGACGAUUAUCGUGAAUACUUUAAGGAGAAUGUGAACUAUGGCACCGAUGAGAGCUUGCGAGUUGGCAAACCCAUAGAUUUUGAGAGCAUGUUCGGUGUGGAGGGUUCUUUCAGAAAACUGGAGGUGGAUUAGGUGUUUUGUUGUAGUUGAAAAUGCAAUUAUUUUCAUAGAAAUGUUUCGUUUUAUGUGAUGAUUUUCAUAGAAAUUAAUACAUUUACCCUGGAUAACCAAAAAAUAUGAGUUAUUUCCCCCCAAAAAAAGUCGCUGUAUUUCAAUUUGUGUCAAUUCUUAAUAGCUAUUUCGCACUACAUUUAAUUUUCUUUGCUAUUUUUGUAAACAAUAAAAUUCUUAUCAAUACCACCCAUUUAUUUAUGCGGUGCUGAAGUCCUCACGUUACCGUCUUCAGUCAUCUUAUCAGUUCAACGAUAUGAUUAGAUCGCGAUUAGCAGCAAGAAAAAACUUGCCUAGCACCUGUGCUAGCAAA